CGACAUUGCAAGCCAUGUCGCCGCCAGUGCUUGGAGCCACUCGACCACUGGCCCCUCAGCCUGUGAGGUCCGCCGAUGCCCCUGUCCUGCAGCCUUUGCACAACAGUUACCCUCUCAAGUCGACCAGAUCGAGGCGGGGCACCAUCAACGCCGCGUGUCGCGAGUGUCGUUUGAAGAAGCUGAAGCGUUGUCUCGUCAAGGGCAUUGACUCUUGUGAAUACACCGUAAACCCGGGAGAGACUCGCUUUACUGCCUUGAAGAGGAAGAAUGCCUCGCUCGUGACAGAGGCCGAUCGAAUGCACAGAUUUAUAGAAGCCCUGCGUUCUGCAUCUCCCUCUCAGGCUCAGGAAAUGCUGAGCCAUCUUCGCACCGCUGACGAUUUAUCCCAAUUGUCUACACCGACCUUGUCCCAACCCGACCCCCAUGCCCAACCCUUCGACCGCCACGAUUCUGACUCGUCCAUGUCUUCUGGUCCAUCUCCUCCUUCCAACGCCGAUACGGCUCACACUCCGCACACUUCGCGUUCGAGAAAAGCCCAGGCUGACAAACAAGCGCUCCGUGUCGCCGCCUGCGAGCUCUGUGCUGUAGCCGCUAUCGGCUCUCAGUAUAUCAAGGAAUCUCUCCCGGAAGGUAUCCAACAGAACGUGUACAGUGCCGCAAAGCAUCUUUUGGAAGAUACCCUCACCUUCGACGCAAAUCGGGCUGCCAAAACGUGUGUCAUGCUUUGUCUUUAUAACGUCAUGAGCAAACAAAAGGUUGCCAUGACAUUCGUCGUCUGCCCACCCAACAUGGAACGAAGGCAAUGGACAGAGCUUCGGAAAACCUGGAGAGUACUCGUCUUCCUUGAGACUUGGUUGUCUUCGACUCUCGGCUAUGUGUCGGGGUUACAAUUGCCAAAAGAACUCAUGAAUGUAAAGAACCUCGAGAUCGAGUAUGAAGCCACCCUUGAGGAAAAGGUCACCACCGAAAUGGUCAAAAUCACUGUCAUCAAGUUCGACAUGCUACGGCUUAGCUUGUCUUUCAAAAGUCUCAGUGCGCUCAUGAUAGGGACAAUCACAAACGAGCUGCAACACUGGUACCGAAGUCUGCCGCACGAGAUGCGCCUUGCUGGACUGGCGGACAACUCUGAGGUGUCUUUCGAGUUGCGGAGAACCAUCUACUACGUCAAAUUCCUCUACUUUGGAGCUCAGAUUAUGCUUUUGCGUCGUGUUCUUCAAAGCAUGUACGAGCAAAGCAACCUCCUUGCAGGGGACGAAGCAGUGGUCAACGACCUGAUAGCGCAGGCGAACUUCGCUGCCCGAGAGUCUGCCAAACUUUUCAAGUUAAUGCUAGUCGAAGGCCGUAUCGUCAAAAAAUGUUGGGCCUACUCUAGCUGUGUCAUGAUAUUGCACAACGCGGCCGAGAUGCUGUUUGAGCAGCAUAUGGAAGGACGACCCGUAAGCAGGCUGCAAGAUGACUUACACCUUGCCCUCGCUUGUCUCGACUUCCUCCAAGUAUGCAGCCAGAAAGACCUAGCUGCCGGGCAGUUCUACUCGACACUCAGCCGCUUCUACACUACUAUGUAUUCUACGGCCAGCGGUCAGCUCGAGUUCGGUCCGGAUAUGGUCAACACUGCCCGUGAUCUCAAUGAAUUGACCAGACGACCGUUUAAAACCCCUAGCCAAGCUAGUCCUGAAUUCUGCUAUCUCUGGCAAGAGGAGGAUCAAGAGAAUGCACAGCGUCAACAAUAUAUCAAUGAUCUUAUGAUACGAGAUGUCGCGAACGCACCUGACGAGUCAUUAUGCUGCGACAGCUGGCAGCGGAUUGAUGGCAUCAAGAAUGAUGGAAUGAUUCACGACCUGCUCAGUGGCAUCCGACCUGGCCGGUUUCUUCCAGGGUUCGAAUCCAGUAACUGGACU